AUGCGUCUUUUCGAUGGUGUACUCUUAGUAAUAGCAGUUCUUUUGUUAUCAGAACAUUUUGGGGCCUAUGCCGCUUCCGCUCAUCGUCUGUGUGGGCUUUGCAAAGUGUGCACGGAAAUCGCACGAUUCGCCUUAUCGCAUAAUAUUAUCAGUAAUGUGAGUGUUUUGUUCAAUAAGAAGCAGUUUCUCAUAGUUCCUUCUCCUGCACUGCUCUUCAAUAGUCCCAUCAAGCAUAUGUCUUGCAGGAGCAGAUCUAUUGGAAGAAACUAUUGUUUCAGUAUUCUGCAUUCGUUAACGCUCAAGGAGAUCUGUCAGCUUGAACACAUGUGCUCCGUAUCCACGUCUGGGUUUGGACACAACAACGUGAACUUUUCGCACCUUGUCCACUCGUACGACGUCGAUGCCAUAAAUAUAAUGCUGUCUCGUGUGGACUCAGUGGAGAACUUCACAGAUCUCACAGUUGGUGUUCGGCCUGGUGUUGAGCGCUUCGUUGCCAACCUUGCCGAUUUCUUCCCUUUAUUGAAGGAUCUGCGUAUGAGGGAAGAUCAACGAGAUACACUGGUUGUACUGACGAAUCGAUUUCUCAAGGCACUGACUACAACAACUCGCGAACCAGCAUCGGGAAAGGGUGUGUCUACGCACAACACCUGA